CACUGACCGGAACACGUGCACACAUGAACGUCAACAAACAAAAAUAUACGUUCAACUUUUAAAAUAUAUAAUAACAGCCGUAAAAUGAAGUUUCGUGCCAAAAUAGUCGAUUUGGGAUGCUUGAAUCACUUCACACGUGUGGUGAACACAGUGUCUAAACUGAGUAAGAUGUGUGUACUGAGACUCACCUGUGAUCACCUGGACUUUGUGCUGUCUGGUAAAGUAGCGACUGGAGGAGUCAGUAUGUGGUGUGAGUUAUUACAGGUGAAUUUCUUCGAUGGCUAUCAGCUGGAGGGACUAUCUGCUGAUGCCAAUGAGAUCUUUCUGGAAGUGGCACCAGACAAUCUUUUCAGAGCGUUAAAAACGGCACAGAAUGCCAAAUCUGUCAAAAUCAAACUUACCAAGAAGAACUGCCCAUGUCUGACACUGGCAGCUGAGCUGCCGUCUCUGUCCAGCAUCAGUCGUGUGGUCACUCAUGAUAUUCCAGUGGACGUGAUCCCCAGACGACUGUGGCAUGAGUUCAGAGAGCCACAGAUGCCAGACUUUGAUGUGAGCAUCUAUCUGCCUCCUCUGAAGACUAUGAAGAGUGUGGUGGAUCGCAUGAAGAAUCUCUCCAAUUAUCUGGUGUUAGAAGCCAACCUGAACGGUGAAAUGAAUCUAAAGAUCGAGACCGAUCUGGUUUCUGUCACAACACACUUUAAAGCGUUGGGCAAUCCUCCUUGGGGUGAUGAUGGCUCACAGAACGCCAGUCAGAGCAGAGACACUGAACUCGUGGCUGAAGCUCGUGUGGACAUCAGAAAACUACAGCAGUUCCUCACGGGUCAACAGGUCAACCCCAGCAGAGCCAUGUGUAAUAUCGUUCACAAAAGGAUUCUUCACCUGAUUUUUCUACAUGAAGACGUGUCUCUUCAGUACUUUAUUCCUGCUGUAGUGUGAUGUCAUAGAGAUGAGUGAACUACUGAACAUCAAAGCUACUCAACUGUUGUCCAAAAAUAUUUCAAGGAUCAGUUUUUGGACUCUUAAAUGACAAAUAAAAAAAAGUUCUUUGAAGUUUAUGUGAA